AUGGAUGAUAAUUUGUCUAAGAAAACAGCAAGUGAGAUAGAAGAUAAGCCGGAAGCCAAGUCUAAUGAAAGACAGGAAGGCCUUGGAUGGGCUGUUACAGCGUUUUUCAUCGUUGCAGAUUUGGUCGGUGGUGGGGUAGUGGCUAUGCCAGUAGCCUUUAUCAAAGCAGGUUUGGAAGUUGGAAUUGUUUUUAUGGUGGCAAUAUGCUUGUUCUUUGCCUACACUGCAAAACAAUUAGGCGAAAAUUGGAUAAUUAUGCAAGAACGAUGGCCAAUUUACAAGCAACACUGCAGAAAACCUUUUCCAGAAAUGGCGUUACGUAGCAUGGGCAAGGGAAUGAGGAUAGUAACCUACAUAUGUGUUUAUUUUACACAGUAUGGGACAACAGUGGUUUAUGUGUUAUUGUCUUCACGUAUAAUCCACAAUUUCAUUGCAUUCUUUGGAGCAAAUAUUCCAUUUUGUUGGAUGUUGUUUAUUGUAUCAAUCUGCAUACUUCCAGUAACCUUUCUAAAAUCUCCUGCUGAUUUUUGGAUAGUAGUAGUGAUUGCAAUGCUUUGUACAAUUGGUGCUGUUAUUCUGCUUUUGAUUGCUGUUGGAAUUGAUGCCAAGGAUUGUCACGCUGAUGUCUAUUAUCCAUCGUUUAAAUUUCUUGAUGCACUGUUAAGUCUUGGAACCUUUAUGUUUGCCUUCAAUGGUCACAUGGUUUUCCCAACAAUACAGCACGAUAUGUAUGAACCAAAGGAUUUCUUUAAGUCUGUCGUUCUCGGUUUCACUAUGGUGUCAGUGCUGUAUAUGCCGCUAUCAGUAGCUGGUUAUGUUGUUUUUGGUAACAGUAUGGAUGACUCAAUUAUUGAUUCUGUACAGAUUCCAUGGAUACGUUACACAGCUGACUUGGCCAUUGCUUUACACUGUAUACUGACGUUGAUUAUUACAAUUAAUCCAAUAAAUCAACAACUUGAAAAUAUUUUUAAGAUACCACAUAAAUUUUGUGUUCAGAGAGUAAUAAUUCGAACUUUGGUAUUAAUAAGUGUUUUGUUCAUUGCACUGACAAUACCGGAUUUUUCGCCUGUGAUGAAUCUCUUUGGCAGUACAACAAUACCAAUGUGCUGUGUAAUUUUGCCAAGUUUGUUCAAUCUAUGGUUUAAUGCUGCAACCUAUGACGAAGAUCGCAAAGACUAUGCUCGGCCAACAAUUAAGGGGUUUGUCAUUGACUACUGCAGCAGCUACAAUCUUUUGCCAUUUUACUUGAACCGGUUAAAAACUGUUACUAUUGUCGGCGCUGUUGUGGCUUUUUAUAUGGCCGUCAAAGAUUUUGCAACUGUCAAAUUUACACCGCCCUGUUAUGUACAACCAUUUGUACAUACCAAAAGCGAUAAAUUCAAUGCUAAAGAAGUGAACUGUUGUGGCCGCUAUGGUAAUCUUAGCGUUCACAGUGGUUCUACAUGUAAAGUUCGUGAUAUUGAAUUUAGUUGA